CACACACACACACACACACACACACACACAAACCAUGUUAAUACCAUAAGUUCUGAUGGGGAAGUCUCGCUCUCACUGGCUCUGCUUCCCUUUCUUUAAACUAACCGGCAGCUUUCGGAGGCUCCGUCUCUCCAGAAGGAGUUUGAUCAUUGCGAGCGUGUGUGUUGUCUACUUGUUUUUUGUGGUUUCACAAGUUGGAUACACGCAGCAGCACCGGGACAGAAGGACCGAUCAGGACAAGUACCGACACGCCCGUGGAUUGUAUAAUUUGGAUUUUGGCGAUGCGCCGCCAGAUCCUGCGGAUUUACAGACCGGCGCGAACUCUGUGGUGCCGACUCGGUCCAACGUGGUGUACAUAACGCUAAAGUCAAAGCGCCAGAAACCCGCAAAUAUCAGAGGGACCAUCAGACCAAAACUGAGACGCAAAGUGAGAAAGAGUAAAUCGGCGAGUUCAGAUUUUACGCAGAACAAACUCGGCACGUUGCAGCGGGACGCAGGCCAAAUUAAGCGCAACUUUGCACGCAAGACUUCCAGGGGAGAACCCGGGGACGUCGAUUAUAAAUCUCUGGAUAUAAUCCCUCAGUCUCACACAGAUGCACACGCAGACUCUCACAUUAGUUCUAUCCGCAUUUACAGCCAGAGGGCACCGCCAUGGCUCAGCCCACAGGACGUGAAGGCCAUGCGCUUUCUUGCGGAUGCCAAAGUUUUGCGCAUGAAAGAAGUUUCUCACGGAGACUCUCCGUCGCUUCUGAUAUUUGAGGGCGAGUCAGGCGGUUCAGCGACCAAUCAAAAGCACAUAAAACUAAGCAAUGCAUGCGGAGGGCAGUGUGGGGUCAUCAGCAGCCCCGUGGACACCACCGAGGUCUUCGCUUUUCAUCUGGACCGGGUGCUUGGGCUCAACAGGACGUUACCGGCUGUCAGCAGAAAGUUCGGCUUCCUACACGAUGGCCAGCCCUGCCCAGUGGUGUCAUGGGAUGCAUCUCUCUACCCAGAAGGCCUUGCUGCAGGCUUGUCCACCGUGAGGUUGACAUGGGGGGAGUACCAGAGCUCCCUGAAACAGAGGUGUUGGCUUAAAAACAGCAGCCCGAAACCCGACUCCGGCUGCUCCAGCGUCCAUCACUAUGAGUGGAGUAAACUGGCUCUGUUUGACUUCUUGUUACAGAUUAACAACCGGCUGGAUCAGAGCUGCUGUGGGUUCAGGCCCAGGCGGGUGGAUGUGUGUGUGGAACUCGGCCACCACGCCGAUUGCAGGGACCAGAACCACAUACAACUGACGAACAUCAUCCACAGGGGUCACGACCCACGGCACCUGGUCUUCACCAACAACAAGGGCUUCUUCGACCGCAAUGAGGACAACCUGGACUUCAGGCUCCUGGAAGGAAUCAAGGAGCUUCCAGAGCAGGCCGUGUCGGUGCUGAAGAGCAGGAGGCUGCGGGAGAAGCUCCUCCAGUCUCUGUUCCUGGACCAGACGUACUGGGAGAGCCAGGGCGGCCGACAGGGCAUCGACAAGCUGAUCGACGUCAUCGAGCGGCGAGCCAGUGUCCUCCUUACUUACAUCAACGCUCACGGGAUCAAAGUCAUCACGAUGAAUGUGUGAUGAGAGUCACAGCGGUCAGAAGGCCACAUCACUGAGACACAUAGAGUAAAUUAUGGCUCGAUCCCUUUGACUUGUCUCAGAAUGUGCUUUUAUAAGACACUGGAGCUUUGACCACAAGAAACAUCAGCUAAAGUCUGAAAAUCUUUUAAUUUAUGCUAAUUUUUUAAUGCCAAUCUGUAUCAACAGAGCAGGAAGCAUGUGUGCUUUCAAGUAAAACUGUCCCAGACCUCAGGACCACGUCAUCUUUCCGCAAAGUAUUGGAAAUAAUUCGACUUUAAUGAGUUAUAUGUUUUUUCUUUCUCUGUAUUUUUGUAAAAAAGAACAAGUAUCAUAAUGCCAAUGAAGGACUUACUGUAAACUGGACAUUAUUCUUAUAAAACAACAGUGUGUUGUUGGUAAAAGUGUCAUAGCAAGCUGUUUUUAAGUAAUUGAGGUUAGUAAAACUUCCAUCAUUUGCAUAAAAUACUGACAGAAGCUUUAAUUGAACUAAUUCUGUCAUUUAAAAUGAGCUGAGCUUUAGCUUAAAGGAACUUCUUUCAUUUCCUUCUUUCAUGUCUUCAUUUGUUCCUUCCCCAGAGGCGAACACACUGCCAUCAUUAUGUUCACAAUAUGCUGCAUGUAUAUCAUUUGCUCCUCCUGACGCCCUCCAGCACGCCUAAUUUGCAAGUGAGUGCAGGCACUGAGCUUUUGUUAAAGCCUCUUAGCGUCGCUAACAAGACACAACCCGGAUCCACUGUGUUGAUUGAAGUCACACUUUAUACACUGAAAAAAACUGUCAGUUUUAAUGAGUUAUUUAAUCUUGUGUACGGUUUUAUUUUUCAUUUUUUACAAGAAGUCAGAGUCUUCACAUUCUUAUGUUUUCAAGAUCCAAGACGAGGAGCCGUAUCAUGAACGUGUUUGGACAGAGCUCCUCACAGUGACUGUACAUCAUGAACUGAAGGACUUUAACACGAGACGUCGGUUGUUAUUCUUAUUUUUUUGCACUCUUACUUCCAAUUUAACCACAAAAAUACUUUUCAAUGUAGCCAUUUUCUCCCCAUUUAUUUAUUUUUGUACUUUCAUUUGUAGUUUCUGAAGAUGCUUGAGCAUCAGAUGAUCAAUAAAAGCAUUUAUUUGUCCAAUA